UUGAUUCUGACAGUCAUGGAAAAGCAGAGCGACUAAAGACGCGAUUAACUAACUAAUUAACUCGUCUAGCUGACUGAAAACUAACCAGAUCGGCUGGUUUCAGGAUGGGCUGCGCUAUUUCGGGCUCCGGACUGACAGCGGGAGCCCCGGAGAUCAGACCCGGGGAGGAAGAGACUCCGGCGGGACUCACCGCCAAUCACAUCCGCCUCAUCAAGGAGUCCUGGAGGCUCAUUCAGGAGGACAUCGCCAAAGUGGGCAUCAUCAUGUUCGUCAGGUUGUUUGAAACUCAUCCCGAGUGUAAAGAUGUUUUCUUCCUCUUUCGGGACGUGGAGGAUCUGGAGAGGCUGCGCACCAGCAGAGAGCUUCGAGCCCACGGCCUGCGUGUGAUGUCCUUCAUUGAGAAGAGUGUUGCCAGACUGGAUCAGCUGGAGCGUUUAGAGACUCUGGCGCUGGAACUGGGCAAGAGCCACUACAGAUACAAUGCUCCACCCAAGUAUUAUGGGUAUGUAGGAGCUGAGUUUAUCUGUGCGGUUCGACCGAUCCUGAAGGACAGAUGGACUCCUGAACUGGAGGAGGCCUGGAAGACUCUGUUCCAGUAUGUGACGUCCAUCAUGAGAGAGGGAUUUCUGGAAGAAGAGAGAAACAAACGCAGCAACACGCAGACGUCCAGCAGAGAGCGACCAGACAAGAGGAGCACAGCCAUCUGAAGACCAUCUCAAACAUGUGUAAACCCAAGACAAGACCAGGUGUUGAUCAGUAGUUUUAGGCCGAAUGCCUUUGAUCUACUUCAGAUGUUGACUACUGUACACUAAUAACCAGCCCUCGCUUUAUUAUCGUCUCUAUUAAACCUUAUAUUUAAGCUCAUCUACAAAAAGUCCUGCACACUUUCAUUCUGGAGUCUUUGGGAUUUCAUCAUGAGGAAACACUUUACUGUAAGAUAUGU